AUACCUUCCGCGGGAAACUAAACGUAGACGUUGUCACUACUGGUGAUACAACGGCUGCGAACUCUGAGACGGUUCCGUGCACUGGAGGCCUCAGCACUACGAGUGGGGUUGAAAACCCUACUUUUCCCGGUAAUAAUGAUCUUGAAGAUGACCCUGAGAUCUUAGAAGACGGUGAGAUCGAGGAGGUCCACUUCAUCUUCCGCGUUGACAAAGACACCCGCAAGAGAUGCCUUGAGCGCUGGCGUCUACGAGCCGCAGAACUUCCAACAGUGAAGAGUGUCACUGAAUGUCAGAAACAACCAGAUGAGCAACGUGUGGUUGGGACGAUGGGAUGCUUGAUAGACUUUGGUUGCACUGAGACUGUGCUGGGGUUCUUCAGCUCUGCUGUAUGCUCUAGUCUCGCUCGUAGUGGCGGCUGCUCAGGGCCGUGGGAUUUAAACUUCAGUGACUUGGCUUCUGCGUGCGUGGUGGAGGUAUCUGACGACAGCCUUUGUUUCCCACUGAAGCUCAUGCAGGGCAAGCACAUCUCCCGAUUGGUCUUGAGGAUGCAUCAAGACUGGCAAAUGAUGAAGCAGGCCUCAGAUCUUGACGAUUUCAGCCGAGAAGAA